UAUCAGAGGUGAGCUUGUGAAUCCAACACGUUUGACAACGUAAAUGCAUAAUGUAACGUAAUAUUGUCCAUCCUUUACUUUCUGGACAGCACUUGAACGCAUCAUUUUUACGUGUGUCGUCAUCAGAGAACGAUCUCCUGUAUUCACCACAUUCAUACUGUCCACGGAUGUGUCUGCUAAAGUGAUGUGUGUGCUUUCUCGUCAAAUAUGGAGUCUCAGAAUUCAAAUUUAAUCUGUGCUAUAUGCCUGGAACGCUUUAAAAUCCCAGUAACCAUCCCCUGUGGUCACACCUUCUGUAAAAACUGCAUCACUAUUCACUGGGACACCAAGAGCAAGUCUGACAUCGGCCCUCAUUGCCCCAUUUGCAAUGAGGAGUUUAAAACAAGGCCCAUUCUCAAGCGUAAUGUGUCCCUGUCGGUCCUGACUGAAGCUGCAAACAGCACCAGCAUGUCCUGUAGGGAGUCUUUGGUGAGGGGAGUUGAUGGGGCGAGAGCCAUGUUGCUGUGUGAUCGACAUAAGAAGCCUCUGGUUUAUUACUGCAGGCAGGACAAAAUGUCUGUGUGCUGUGAAUGUGCCAUCUCUGAGUGUGUAAACCAUGACAAAGUCUUGUUGGAGCAUGAGAGGGAAACACAAGAGCUACUACUGGAGAGAAAGAGUAAUGAAGUGGGGAAACUCCUUGAAGAGACACAGAAAAAUAUAAAUGACUUGGCUGAGAACAUCAGUCAAGCUAAGGUGACUCUUGAACAGACUUCAGCCUGGGUGAACGUCAAAUUCUCCACCCUGAUAAAAAUCCUGGCUGAGAAGCAGGAGGCAACAGAACACUUCAUGGAGGAGCAGAAGGAGGUGGUCAUUGGGGAGGCGGAGGCACGGCUAGCCCAACUUGAAGAAUAUUCCCAGAAACUCAGAGAGAGCCAUGAGCAAAUAGCAGCUCUACAUAACCUCGCUGACACAGACCUCAUCAGGGAAUCAACACUUAUAGAAGUUCCACGUUUCAAGGAAAUUCCCACCGACAUCUCGCCAAACUUGCAGGAUCGAUUAAACUGCGUCACAGAUGUCCUGUCCCGAGUCUCCAAGCUGGUUUCUGAGGACCUGGAGAAGGCUGUGAGUUCAGCUGUGGGUCAGGACCAAGACGGCUCUCCUCAGGAUAAGAGACCAGUUCUAGCUGUGGUUCCCAGUCCUGCUGCUCCAUGCCAUCCUGGUGGGAAAGAAGGCCUCGGUGCUUACCGAUGCUCUCUGACCUUUGACCCCCGCACAGCCAACGAACACCUGUUUCUGUCCCAGGAGUAUCGGAGGGCGGAGCACCUGACCUCUGGACCACGUCCUGUGCCUGCCCAUGAAACCCGCUUUGAUCACACCUGGCAGGUGCUCUGCUUUCAGGGCUUCACCCAUGGACGGCACUACUGGGAGCUGGAGGUGUCCAAACCGUGGGCCUACCUUGGGGUAACCUACGAGACUAUCCCCAGGAAGGAGAAGGGAAAGAGAUGCAUGGUGGGUAUGAACGAACUAUCGUGGAGCCUGCAGCUGGACGAGCACCAGCUCUGCGCCUGGCACAACGGGCGGCGGGAGACGCUGGCCGGCCACUCCCAUCACAGCCGCAUCGGCAUGCUGCUGGACUACGAAGCUGGGACGCUCACCUACUACGGAGACGGGCAGACCAGGCUCCACUCCUUCCACUACGCCUUUACCCAAGAGCUGUUCCCCGCCUGCUGGAUAGGAGAGGGAGUCUGCAUCACCCUCUGCUCCACAUGAGCUAUGUAGGGAGUUUAGUCACAGGAAGCAAUAUGAAUCAUGGCCACAAGCUGACUCAGCACAGAGAAUCCCUUUCUCCCUGUAGGAAGCUUUCAUCUUUUUUUCUUCCUCUGAUACAACAGCUGCCUUCCUGAAUAGUUAAAAACAGGAGCUGAGUCUGGUAGACUUUCCUUUCCCCACAACUUCAGCUCUCCUCCUUGACUACAGCUCAAGUUCACACCAUUUUCAUCUGGUUUGUUUCACCUUCUAAAAACUUUAAAAACGGGUUGUUGGGCUUACAAGCAAAAAGUACGAUUAAAAAGAAAUCCUAAAUUACAAAAAGUUCAUCUCCUCCCAUGCUGGAGAACAUGUUGCUAAUAAUUAAUGCCACUUUUCAAAAUGUUUUUUUUUAGAUUUACAGAUGAUGCCAUAAAAGUGAAGAGCUCUGGUAUGAGUGUGUUUGGUUGACGCGUGAGCACAGGACUACAACUAACACUUAUAUCUUACACUACUGAAGUAUUUUCGUUGGAGUGUGGUAAAUUUAGAUGGUCUUAAAAAUUUCAUGAGGGGAUGAGGGUGUACGCUGCCAACUUCAGUUGCACGUAGGUCAGAUUUGACUGUGCCUGACUCCAGCUGACUUUAAGCAUCGCUACGAGUGAGCUGAGAUGUUUAUGUGGUACACAACCACCACGUGUUGCUCUUUCACCUACAUUUUUUGAUUGUUGUUUUUCUGUUUCUGCUUCACCCUUAUCACACAGAUGCAGAAUUUCAGUCACAUUGAUAACAUGCAUUCUUUGCAAGUCUGAGCUAGUCAUUCAUCACUUCCUUUAUUUACUCUGUAUGAGUGCAUGUAAGAGUGAAUAAUUAUGUUCUUACAUCUUCAGACCUCUCUGUGCUUUUCAAAUUCCUGCUUCAUCUGCAGAAGUCCAAGACAAAAAGACCACUGCUCCAUUUUAAUGACUUUGGUCUGUUGGAUAUUGUUGCAACAUACACCCACCAACCGCUCGCUUUACACAAAUAUCUAAUCAGCCAAUCACAUGGCAGCAACUCAGUGCAUCUAGUCAUGUAAAUAUGGUGAAGACGACUUGCUGAAGUUCAAACUGAG